CACUUCCACUCCAUAGCAAUUUACCCCUCAAAGGUAGCUCAUGAUGAUGCCUCAAGUAUAUUAUGCGUGAUUCUAAAACUGAGAUUGAACUAAGAUAGCAAUUUACCCCUCAAAGGUAGCUCAUGAUGCCUCAAGUAUAUUAUGCGUGAUUCUAAAACCGAGAUUAAACUAACAUAGAUACUCACCACUUCAGAGGAAAGACUGACUCGAAAAAUCUGCUGGAGCACUACUGUCACUUCCACUCCAUACCAAUCUACCACUCAAAGGUGUGAUUAGUAUCUCAGGAUCACUCGUAAGGAGAUUGUCUCACCUGUGUACUUUUACUAACAGUUCCGAAGGUCUUUUGGUCUGAGGUCUAAACCUGACACAAAUCUAAAACCCUAGCUAAUGAACCCGAGAAAUCUGCCACCCUGUCUCAUUAGCCCCCAAGAUAACUCUAAGCCUAAUGUUAUCGUAACUAAUUGAGUUAUUGCCAUUUUUCUUCAUCUGAGGUGAAAUCAACAUUAUAUAACUCAUCUUAUUUCAUUAUGAAUCUAGUAUUUUCUAGAUUGUUAUCAAACGUAGACAUCGGCGUCUGAUUUUUCUUCAGAGAGCAUCCACGUAGGUUGCAUGUCCAUUCUGUAUGCGAAGCAAAAAGUUUACUACUUACGUGGAGGUACAGUUGCAAUCUUGCUUCAUUGGUUCAUAGUUUGAUUUCUGCUGGCAUUGAGAAUGUCUACUCGAUCUUUCCACGUGAAUGACUAUAGAUAUCUGUAUGAAACGAAGAAUCGCCCCGGUAACCGAGAGAAAUGAUUUUCUUACAUUGAAUUGUCAUAUUGUUAUAUACGGAACAAAUUGAUGAGAUAAACUUCUACUGUAUACCUACGUGAGAAACUUCGUAAGCUCCUAAUGACAGCUGUACUUUUUCGUGACAGAUUAACAAAAGCUGCUCGAAUCGUCGUUGGCCUUCCUCUUAUAACCUCUGUGGACAACCUAGCGUUCUGGUUUGAACUGACGCAGACUUCAGGCAAGCAAGUUGAUGCAAAAUUAGCGGAGCUUAAGAACAUUGAAGCUGAUCAUUUGGGAGACGACAGUGGAUUAGCAGCUUAUUUCAAACUGGAGUCAGCUCGUCUCAUACAAUACAUAAAGAGCCUGCCCGACGUUGCAGGAAUCCACUUCAUGCCCGUUACACCAUCUGGAUGGCGACAGUUCUCAUCGUUGCUGGACGAUCAGAGACCAACUGAGGAACUAAGCUGAGAGUAGGACGUGUUCCACAAAUGCAACUCUGGAACUUCUCAAGGGCAUGAACGACAUUGAACAUCACUUGUCAGUUGUGAAAAGAUCUUUCCAUGUGAUCGAAGAACUUGAUUAUUGUGCGUGAAGGUGCAUUUGAGUGCCACUUCACAGUAUCUGUCGGAGCAUAUGCUUAGACGAGUUUCAAACUAGAUAAGGUAACUUUCUGUACGCAAAGACUAAUAUUUGUCUGAACUCUCCCCGUGAGAGGGGAGAAGGCACAGCAAAAAAUAUAUAAAUUUUUUUAAACCGGCAGGUCGAGCCCUCCGGGCCUCUCCCUCUUCGCACCUCCGGAACCCUUUUUGCUUUCAACCAUUCCACUCCACACGCAGCCGGAUCCACCCGGAUCACCUGGAAUGAUAUCAGUUGAUUUUGUAGAGUUCAAAUUACUAUGGCCUACUCCAAAGUCAAGGUACCCCAGUCAAAAACCUUACAUCGCUUGACGGAAGUGUCUUAGG